AUGUUGACUAUUAUUUCGUUUUUAGAGGAUAAUGAAGAAUAUCUACACAAGAGAAUAAUAGAAAAACAGACCAUAUGGGAAGAGACCAAACGUGAACCUCAACAUUAUUAUAUUCCACCCAUGUCCAAUAACGUCAUUCAGAAAAUACAACAUAGACUUCGUCUACAAAAUAUCAUGAGAGAAGCUUGGAGAGAGAUUUUUAUGUAUGUGUUGUUUGUUGCUAUUGUUUUUCUAACUGUACAUGGCCACAGAAAUCCACUCACCAGCUAUAUGUUUAGUCAGACCAAUAUAAAUAUGUUUAUUGAUGCCAAAUACACAGAUUCAAUCAAAUUUGAUGAGAUUUCCUCAAGAAGUGAGUUUUGGAAAUAUACUCAAGAAACUUUGCUAGACAAUAUAGAAGGAGAUAGAUUGAUACAAACUAUUGAUGGUACAUCUUAUAUACUAGGCACUAUAAGACUAAGACAAGUUAGAUCUCAAAGAGAUGCGUGUGAUCUACCGUAUUACAAUUUAUAUGGAUUGAAUAACAGAGACUGUACUGCAUCCUAUUGGAUGGGUUAUGAUGAUACAGGCUGUUAUAACCAAUCAUGGAAAAAUGAAGUACCUGAACCAGAUAGUCCUGAAAAUUUCACAGAAUGGAGUUACCAAAGUAGUUGGCAGUUAUCAUUAACACCAUUCAUCGGAAAUCAGGCUACAUAUCCUGGCAGUGGGUUUGUCUUGGAAAUUCCUUUGAAUAAAACAGCAGCUAAAAUGAAGCUGCUGGAAUUGGAGAAGCAGAAUUGGAUUGAUGAAAGAACUAGAGGUCUCUUUAUAGAAUUUACAUUAUACAAUCCUAAUGAAAACCUAUUCUCAGUUCUAAUUCUGUUAGUGGAAUUCACCAAUUUUGCUGCUAUUUUACCAAUGUAUCAAAUCUUUACUUCAACUCUGUAUUAUUACUCUGAUGGUUUUGAAAUAUUUGUGGCUGUCUGCGAGAUAAUGUUUAUUAUGUUUAUACUUUCCUAUACUUAUUUUGAAAUCAAGAAGUUGUCCAUUGAUGUCAAGGCAUAUUUUAAGGAUUCAUGGUGCUUCAUGGAAGUUGGAAUCUUGAUGUUGUCUUAUGCAGCAAUCGGAAUAUAUAUACAAAGGAUUAUAGCCGUGAACAGUAUUUUAGAUCAAUAUAAAAGCUCUGAUGGUCAAUCUUUUCUAAGUUUUUACAGAGCACUAUCCUGGGACUAUUCUCUGCAGUAUGUACUUGGAGCUUUAGUCACUUUUGUCAUAGUCAAAUUUUUCAAAUUGCUCAGAUUUAACAAAAACAUGGUUUUUCUUUCUAAAACAUUGCAUGAAAGUAGAUCCAUGCUAAGUGGGUUUGCUAUGAUUGUGGCAGUAUGUACAGCUGCUUUUGGAACAUUUACAUUUUUAGUGUUUGGUUCACAUUUGAAGGAUUAUUCAAGUCUUUGGAAAACUAUCAUGACCUUAUUUAAUUUUGUUCUGGGCGUAUCUGAUUAUUAUGGCUUGUUAGCUGCUAACAGUACUCUUGGUCCAUUAUUUUUCUUUUUCUUUUCUUUAUUUUUCCAGUACAUAUUAAUGACCAUGUUGUUAGCUAUUAUCAUUACAUCAUUUCAUUUUGUACGAAAUAGAGAGAGAGGGAGAAAAAAUGAACUUAAAAUGCUAAAUUAUUUAUAUGAUAAAUGGAAACUUCUUGUAUAUAGUUAG